AUGCAGAGGGGAGUGUCGCCAAAAGGUAAAAAUGAAAUACUCCCGGACGCACAGGGAACAACCGAUGAAGACUAUCAAGAAGAUUCAGAAAAAAAGAAGAAGCUGGCUCCAAAGACGUCAACGUUCACUCCAGCGGGGAAGAAGAUAAAGCUAGAAACGAUAACCCGCUGGAGUAGACUAUAUAAGAGGGUCUACACAAGACAGCCGGAGGAAUGGAAGCAGUGA